GCGAGAGGGGCGGAGUCUGAGGGAUCGAUUCGGUUUCGAUUGUUGCGACUUUUUGCUGUGGUUGAACGUUCUAAAUCUCAGCAAGUGCAGGAAUCGGAGCGGCCUUGCGAGGCACCCAAGGCGCUGUCCCGUCCCACCCGGGCCUGAAAUCUGCCCGGCGGUCCCCGCUUUAACUUUCGUCGGACCUGGCCAUGCUGCCCAACACGGGGAAGUUGGCUGGAUGCACUCUCUUUAUAACAGGUGCAAGCCGUGGCAUUGGAAAAGCAAUUGCCUUGAAAGCAGCAAAGGAUGGGGCAAAUGUUGUUAUAGCUGCUAAGACGGGAGUACCACACCGCACGCUCCCAGGAACAAUCUAUACUGCUGCAGAAGAAAUUGAAGCAGCUGGAGGAAAGGCUUUACCGUGUAUUGUUAAUGUAAGGGAAGAAGAUCAAAUUGCGGAUGCGGUGGUCCUGGCUGUUCAGAAAUUUGGAGGAAUUGAUGUCCUUGUGAACAAUGCAAGUGCUAUUUCCUUAACGGGCACGCUGGAGACAACUACAAAAAAAGUGGACCUUAUGAUGAGCGCUAACACAAGAGGAACUUACCUGACAUCUAAACUGUGCCUUCCUUAUUUGAGAAAGAGUAAGAUCGGUCACAUCCUUAAUAUCAGCCCACCCAUCAAUUUAAAUCCUAUCUGGUUCAAAAAUCAUUGUGCCUAUACUAUUUCUAAAUACGGGAUGUCCAUGUGUGUGCUGGGAAUGGCAGAGGAAUUUAGAGGAGAAGUUGCUGUUAAUGCUUUAUGGCCUCAAACAGCUAUAUACACCUCUGCGAUGGAUAUGCUGGGAGGAGCUAAUGUGGAAAAACAAUGCAGGAAAACAGACAUUUUAGCAGAUGCUGCCUAUUGUAUUUUAUCAAAGCCAAAAAGUUUCACCGGGAACUUCAUUAUUGAUGAGGUUUUAUUGAGAGAAGAAGGGAUUAAGAACUUCGAUGUAUAUGCAGUCGCUCCAGGUUAUCCUUUGAUACCAGAUUUUUUUUUAGAUGUGGAUCCUGAUACGAUAGCAAUGAAAAUGGAAGCCCAGGGAGCUUCUCCAACCUUCAAAGAAGAAAAAAAACAAGAUAUUGUGAAAAAUGAAGGUCCUGAUAAAACAAAGGCCGAAGGACCUGAUAGAGACAAACCACAUGUACACUUCUCUGCAGAUAAACCAGCAGGGCCUGUAGCAGAAACAUUUAAACUUAUAAAAGGAAUGAUAAAUGAAGAUAUUGUAAAGGCAACUCAAGGAGUUUAUCAGUUUGAAUUAUCUGGUGAAGAAGGAGGAACAUGGUACAUUGAUCUUAAGAACAAAGGUGGCAGUGCAGGAAUUGGUGAGGCACCUGGAAAGGUCGAUGUGAUUAUGAACAUGUCUGGUAGUGACUUUGUAAAAAUGUUUUCAGGCAAAUUAAAGCCAACGAUGGCUUUCAUGUCUGGAAAGCUGACAAUCAGGGGAGAUGUUGCCUUAGCAAUCAGAUUGGAAAAACUGAUGGCUCAAUUCAAUUCCAAACUUUGAAAAUGGGGAAAAUCGGUAUCAGCUGAACUUUCAAUAAAUAUGUAAUGCUUUGCUGUUGAAGAUAAUGUCUCUUAUUUAACAUAUUUUGAUUUCAUAUGGAUAAUAUUUGCAUAAUAACUGAACCAGUCCUAACCUGUUUUGCUUGGAAUUAAAGACUAUUAUUGAUUAAAGCAAAUAUUUGCUGUAAUCACAGCACAUAUGACAAGAGUUAAUAGAUCAUCAACUGACAUUAAAAACACUGAUGUUUUAAUUAGACCAUUAGUAUUUCUAUUUUAUUCUAUUUUAAUUUAGAAAACAUCACCAUUUUGUUUUUUUCUGAGAUGUCUAUGUAUUUCUAAAUUGAAGACGCUAUAAGCAAGAAAUUUAAUAACAUGCAGGAAGACUCAGUUGUUUUGUUAAUAUUUAAAAAAAAUUACAUGAGUGCAAUUUUUAAAAAUAACAGUAUUACCUUUGGUGAGGGUUUUUUUUUUUUUUUUUGUUAUGUUAAUGCUUGGAAACACAAGUGCCUUUUAGAUUUUUUUCAUGUUUCAAUAAUUAAAUGUAACACUUUUGUAGUGCAAAAUACUAAUAACCAAAAGAUGACAGAGGAAAGUUAAUGUUUUCUGUCUCUAUCUCUCCUUCCAUUUAUCAGUCAUCUAGAUUUUUUGAAGCCCAGCUUGGUAUCUCUACACUAAUAGAAUCAGGUAUUUUGUUAAGGGGUUUUACUUCUCUGGAAAUGCUCAGAGAUUAACAAUCAAAUGUCCUGCCAAGAUUGCCUCAGAUACGGUAGUAUUUUAGCAUAAUAACUUUUUAAAAAUACUGACUGCUGUCUACUGUCAAACUGUAACACAGAAAGUGGAAAUAAAACAUGUUCACAUGUG